AUGUUCCUCAAGGCAGUACUCUUUUUCGGCGGCAUAUGCGCAGCAACUACGCUCGACACAGCUUCUGCGUUGACUAAGGGCCAUGACUUAUCGUCCGUUGGCCUUAUGGAGACCAGCCAAGGCGCCAACUGGAUAUCCACUUCCGGCAACACGACCACGAUCGAGUCCAUCCUUGGCGCUGGAGGCAUGGACGCGGUGCGACUUCGUCUUUGGACGUCCGGAGACUACGACUUGGACUACACUAUGGCGCUGGCCCAGCGGUUCUCCAAGGCGGGCUACAAAAUCUACUUGGACAUGCACUUCUCCGACACGUGGGCGGACCCCACCGCGCAGGCCAUCCCUUCAUCCUGGGACGCCUCGUCCGUCACAACACUCGCAGCCGAUAUUCAGGCCUACGUGACAUCAACGCUGAAAUCCUUCACGGACGGAGGCGUCGACCUCGAAAUCCUGUCAUUGGGCAACGAAAUCAGCGGUGGAUUCCUCUUCCCGACUGGGAAGAUCAGCGACAACGACUUCAGUAACUUUGCUACACUAUGGAAGGCGGCGCGACAAGGUGUGACCGACGCCGUAUCCGCUGGUUCGAAGCAGCCCAAGAUCAUGAUCCACCUGGAAAACGGAUGGAAGUCCACGACCGUGUCAAGCUUCUUCAAGGGGCUCUUCGCAGAAGGAACGGUAACCACGGACGACGUGGACGUCUUCGGGUUCUCGUUCUACCCGUUCUACAACACGGCGGCGACGAUCGACGCGCUGACAACGUCCUUGACUCAGCUGGCCAACACGUACAACAAGCCCCUGUACAUCGCCGAGACCGACUGGCCCACGGAGUGCACGAAGGUCACGCUGAGUGCUGAUUACCCCGUGAACGCCGAGGGCCAGCGCGAGUGGGUGAUCGCCGUCAUGGAUGCGCUCAAUGGCCUGCCCAACAAUUUGGGCGCCGGUAUUUUCUACUGGGAGCCUGGAUACCUGUCGGUGGCGGGUCUGGGCAGCUCGUGCGAGUCCGCGCUGCUCUUCAGCGUCAACUGGGACAAUUGGCCCGAGACGUACGCGACGGCGCUCUCCUCGGUCAACAUGUUCGCCUGA